AUGCUAUCACAACAAGAUCAACUUGAGCUUGCUGCCUGCUACAUAAAGCAACUGAGAGAAAGAGUAGAGGGACUGAAGAGGGUAAAAGAAGAACAAGCAAUCACAACAACUCGAACAAGCAGCAGUGCCAUGACUAGUAUGAUGAUUGGCUUGAGAUUGCCAGUGGUUGAACUAAGAGAUUUUGGGUCAACCAUAGAAGUGGUGUUGAUUAGUGGGUUGAACAAGAACUUCAUGUUUUAUGAAGUUAUCAAUGUUCUUAGUGAUGAAGGAGUUGAAGUUAUCAGUGCUAGCUAUUCAACUGUUGGAGACAAGGUUUUCCAUACAAUUCAUGCCCAGGUUAGAAUUUCCAGAGUUGGUGUGGAGACUUCAAGGGUAUGUGAGAGAUUGCAGGAACUGAUUUGCUAAGUGUUUAUAUGUGGGAUGGCAUAUCAGCAUCUGAAACAUAAAGGUGUCCAUCAAAUGGAGAUGCUUAAAAAUAUAAUUGAUGUCAAUAUUUGCCUCUAAAUGCAAUGCAAUAUGUGAGAUAUUUGUAAUUAAGAAUGUAAUAAAAUAAUUAAAUACAAUUAAGUGUAACGGCACUAUAAACCGAAGGGUGUAAUGGAGUCUAAUCCAUUUCAUUAAUUAGUUUCCUUGUAAAUCUAAUAUCUUAACGCAAUGCGAUUAUAUAUUAUGUUUGAUA